GCCAUGGGCCCAUGGCCUAUAUAUAAUCUCAGCCCGAAUUGCACUCAUCAAAAGAGUUUGACGAGUGCAUUUUAUUUAACACUUUUCAACACCCUAAAUUAUAGAUAAUCUCACCUCAAUUCGACACGCACACACCAAAAAUGGAGCAAAUUGAGCACAAAUCACUGAGCCUUAACGGGCUCAACAUGCACGUGGCAGAAGCGGGCCAGGGCCCGAUCAUCCUCUUCCUCCACGGCUUCCCGGAAUGCUGGUACACGUGGCGCCACCAGCUGGCAUUCUUCGCCGGUCAUGGCUACCGCGCCGUGGCGCCGGACCUCCGCGGCUACGCCGACACGACAGGCGCGCCGGCGAGUGAUCCGGCGAAAUUCACCACGCUGCACGUAGUCGGGGACCUGGUGGCGCUCAUCGACGCGGCGGCGCCGCCGGGUGAGAAGGUGUUCGUGGUGGGGCACGAUUGGGGGGCGUUGAUUGCGUGGGCUCUGUGCUUGUACCGGCCCGAUAAGGUGCGGGCUUUGCUGAAUUUGAGCGUCGCCUUCAGCCGCCGAAGCCCGAUUAAGAAGCCCAUUGAGACGUUGCGCAGCUUCUAUGGAGAUGAAUAUUAUAUUAUCAGAUUCCAGGAACCAGGACAGAUUGAACAUGAGUUUGCCCAGAUAGGAACCAAAAAUGUGUUAAAAAACCUCCUAACAUACCGAAAUCCGGGCCCACUUUACCUCCCGAAGGAUAAGGCGUUCCCAGAUACUCCGAUCACUUCACCUUCAUGGCUGUCUGAGGAAGAUCUUGAUUACUAUGCUACCAAAUACGACGCGGCCGGCUUCACCGGAGCUUUGAACUACUACCGAGCCCUCGACAUAAAUUGGGAGCUAACGGCGGCAUGGACAGGAUCUAAGAUCCAAGUGCCGGUGAAAUUCGUGGUGGGAGAUCUUGACCUGACCUACAAUGCUCCUGGCGCCAAAGACUACAUGCACAAAGGUGGGUUCAAGAAGGAUUGCCCUUUGUUGAAGGAUGUUGUUGUGAUGGAAGGUGUUGGUCAUUUUAUCCAUGAAGAGAAGCCUGAUGAAGUUAAUCAACAUAUUCUUUCCUUCUUCAAGAGCUCCUCUUCUUCUUCCUCCUCCUUUUGCUCUUCAUUGUGAGGUCGUCUCUUCUACCAAUGAUCUUUUAUUUGCCAUCAUGUUUGAGAUUCAUGUUUUAUUUUAUUUGUAUAUUUUCAAUGUGUGUGUGUGUGUGUGAUGUAAUAGUGUGCAUAUGUUGUGUGAAGAUGAAAUAAAGUGUGUGACUUGAAUUAAGGGUUAUGUAUAUGAUAUGCAAAUAACAAAUAAACUCCUAUGUUUAAUGUUUCA